AUGAACAUUGUGAGAAAACUCAAUUUAAUGAUACCUUGGAGUAUAUUCUUGCUUCCUACACUGCUGUUCUUAUUACAAGGAUAUGUUUGCAGGUCAUCUAUCUUGAUGAAGACAUCAGAAAACGGGCUUAAUGAAAAUCGACAGAAAAGAGCUCAUUUAGCAGCACAGUUGGAAGCUACUUCUCCAAGAUAUUUCUUUCAUGAAGCUAUCAACUGGGGUGAGAGCAAAAUCAAAGGCUCUUGUCCACAUGAAUGCCUUAAUGGAGCUUUUUGUUCCAAGUCAGGCACAUGUGACUGUCAAAUAUUUCAAGCACUGGGGACCAGGUGCCAGAUUGUGCCAAACAUGGGCAAUGGAAGAGAUGGAAUUUGCAAAACCUGGGGACAGUACCACUUUGAAACUUUUGAUGGCAUCUACUAUUACUUCCCAGGAAACUGUUCUUACAUUUUUACAAAGGAUUGUGGUAACCCAGAGCCUCAGUACACUGUGUGGGUUCAUAAUAGUCCCAGGUGUCUUGGUUCAGUAUAUUAUUGUUAUCGGUCAAUUAGCUUAUUCUUUUCAGAUCAAGAAGAAAUUAGAAUUUAUGGUCAUGAAAUAAAAAAGAAUGGAAUCAGUUUAACAUUGCCUCAAACAAUUGGACAAGUUUUCAUUGAGAAAUUGGCAGAUUAUAUUCUGGUGAAAACAACCUUUGGUUUUUCUCUGGCCUGGGAUGGGAUAUCAGGAAUUUACCUCAAACUGUCUGAGGAGCAUAAAGGAAAGGCAUGUGGCCUAUGUGGGAACUACAAUGCCAUUCAGUCUGAUGACUUCAUCAUUCAACAAGAGGACUACACAGAAGACAUUGCUAUGUUUGCAAAUAGCUGGUCAGUACAAACUCCAGAUGCUAUGGCAUGUGUACCUGUACCCUCAGAUUUCCCAAAUCCAUGCUCCAGUGGAAUGCCAGCAUUUGAGGCAAUCUUCUUCAAGUGUCAGAUAUUGUUGCAGUUUCCAUUUUUAAGCUGCCAUGAGUAUAUUGACCCAUAUUUAUAUAUUGCCAGCUGUGUUAAUGACCUUUGCAAAACUGAUGAUGAUGAGACUUACUGCCGAGCAGCCACUGAGUAUGCCCGAGCCUGCUCCCAUGCUGGGUACCCUAUUCAAGACUGGAGAGAUGACUUUCCAGCAUGCAUUGAUAAAUGUGAUGAUAGCUUUGUCCAUCGGGAUUGUAUUAGCUGUUGUCCACCAACCUGCACAUUUGAGAAACAGUGUCUUGGGAGCGAUCUCCAUUGCCUUGAUGGAUGCUAUUGCCCAGAAGGUCUCAUAAUGGAAAAUGGAACUUGUAUCUCCUUGGAAAGUUGCCCAUGUAAUUUUCAUGGACUAGCUUAUUCAGUUGGUUCAAAAAUUGAACAAGAAUGUACUGAAUGUGUAUGUGUUGGUGGUGUUUGGAACUGCACUGAGCAUGACUGUCCAGUUCAAUGCUCAGUUGUGGGUGAUUCUCAUUUUACAACUUUUGAUGGUCGACAUUAUUCUUUCAUUGGGAUGUGCCAGUACAUCCUUGUGAAAGGAACUGGGAAAGAUAAAUUCACAAUUACAUUACAGAAAGCUCCCUGUGAACAGAAUCUAGGAUUGGUCUGCCUUCAGUCUAUAACAUUAAUUCUGGAAGAUGAUUUUAACAAGCAAGUAACCCUUUUUAGGGGGGGACAAGUCUUCACCAGCCCUAAUCAAGGCUUCAAUCUGAAUGGACUUGUUGAAAUUCAGACUCUCUCAUCCUUGUUUAUUCUUCUAAAAACCUCUUUUGGUUUAAAGAUUUUAUUUGCAAUCGAUGGGGAAAGAAUUUAUCUCCAGCUCACUAGUGCAUGGAAAAGAAGAACCUUAGGACUCUGUGGCACUUUUAAUGGGAACAUAAGGGAUGAUUUUCUUUCUCCCUCGGGCAUGAUUGAAGGCACUCCACAGCUUCAUGCAAAUGCAUGGAGAGUUUCUUCCACCUGCUUUGCACCGGUUCAUGUUCCUAUGGUAGAUCCCUGUAACAUUAAUCAACAAAACAUUGGCUAUGCAGCACACUGUGAUGUUAUUCACCAAGAGCUCUUUGCUCCUUGCCACUUCUACAUCAGCCCCGGACUGUACUACCAGCUCUGCAGACACGAUGCGUGCAAGUGUGGGAGCCCCUGUCUGUGCAAUGCUCUUGCGCACUACGCUUACCUCUGUGGCCAGCGUGGGGUCCCCAUUGAUUUCAGAUCUCAGAUUUCCUUCUGUGGGGUUGUGUGCCAGAAAGGGAUGCUCUACCAUCACUGCUCUUCCUUCUGCCGUCGCUCCUGCCUUGCUCUCUCAAACCCGGAGCAAUGUCACGAUGACUGUGCUGAAGGUUGCAAUUGUCCAGAAGGCAAAUACUAUGAAGACACACUAAACUUUUGUGUGCCCAUAUUUCACUGCCGGUGUCAUUAUAGAGGUAGUGUUUAUCAGCCUGGAGAGCUCAUCCCAACACCUUUGGGAUUAUGCCAAUGUUCAAAUGGAACUGUGGAAUGUGAUGAAUCAGCUACGCCCUCUGCUGUUCAUGCCUGCCCUGAGGGAAAAGAGUAUUUUGACUGCAGGUUUCCUGACCCUGACUUACCAGCGGGUGGAGUCAACUGUGAGACCACGUGUGCAAAUUUAGCCAUGAACUUCACUUGUGCUCCAUCCUCCCCCUGCAUAAGUGGCUGUGUUUGUGCGGCAGGUAUGGCCGAGCACAAGGGAAAGUGCUACGUUCCUGAAAGCUGCCCAUGUAUCUGGAAGGACUGGGAGUAUCUCUCUGGAGAAGUCAUUGCUACGCCAUGUUAUACCUGUGUUUGUCGUCGAGGAAUGUUCAAUUGCACCUAUUACCCAUGCCCAGCAGUGUGCUCAAUCUAUGGAGACCGCCACUAUCAUUCCUUUGAUGGACUGGAAUAUGAUUAUAUUGGUGAUUGCCAAGUAUUUUUAAUAAAGAGUGCAGAUGAUUCAGAUAUUUCUGUUAUUGCCCAGAAUAAGAAAUGCUUUGACAAUGAUAUUGUUUGUUCUAAAAGUGUUUUGAUUUCAAUUGGGGACACUGAAAUUUACCUGAAUGAUACUCCUUAUAAACAGAAGCGAUCAGGUUUUCUGCUGGAAAAUAACCCUACAUAUCAGCUCUGGAAAGCAGGAUAUUACAUAGUAAUAUACUUUCCAGAGGAAGACAUCACAGUUCUUUGGGAUAAAAAGACAACUAUUCAUAUCAAAGUUGGGCCACAAUGGAAGAACAAACUCUCAGGAUUAUGUGGAAACUUUGACAAAUGUACCUCAAAUGAUAUGACCACAUCUAAUAACUUAGAAGUGAGAAAUUCCCAAGUAUUUGGAGAUAGUUGGGCAUUGGGACAGUGUGAAAACCCAAGUGAAUCGUUUAAACCCUGCGAGGCACAUCAAAACAAAUUUCCUUAUGCCAAGAAAGAAUGCUCCAUUUUGUAUAGCGACAUAUUUGCUCCUUGUCGCAAUGUGAUUGAUGUGACUUCUUUUGCCAAAAAUUGCCACGAAGACACGUGCAACUGCAAUCUGGGUGGGGACUGUGAGUGCUUGUGCACGACUGUGGCAGCCUAUGCCUACAAGUGCUGUCAGGAAGGGGUACCAGUUCACUGGAGACCCUCCACAACUUGUUCACUGGAUUGUGAAUAUUACAAUGAAGGUCUUGGAGAAGGACCAUAUAUGUUGGCUAGUUAUGGGCAGAGUGGCCUUGUUCUAGGAGCCAACAUGACCAGUCGAAGCAUUUUCUCUUUACCAAGAAACAGAAUUCAUAGUGAUUUAUUCUUUACUUUUAUGAUUACUCCAGGCCUUUUCAAAGAGAAGGUAUCAUCUCUAGCACUGGUCUCCUUGGAAUCUGCUGAAAGGCCAAACUACUUCCUCUAUGUCCAAGAUGACAACACUCUUAGCUUGAAACUCUGGGAGGAAAAUUCAGCCUUUCAUCGGAAAGCCACUUUUUUCCACCAUCAGGGCCUCUGGAUUCCUGGUCACAGUGCAUUCGAAUUAUACAGCAGGAAAGGCUUUUUCAUCGUAUUUUCAGAUUCAAGUGUCAAAGCUUUGAAGUAUGAUGAUUCUGAAGAAUUUAAACAUUCCAGUAGUUUCAGCAUAGAAGAGCUGCAGGCAGCGGUGCCUUACAGGAGGGUGUGUGAGUGGAGAUAUGAGCCUUGUGCCACUCCCUGCUUUAAAACCUGCAGUGACCCCGAAGCGCUGGCAUGUCAAUUUCUCCCACCAGUUGAAGGAUGCUUGCCUCACUGUCCUAAAAAUAUGCUCCUGGAUGAAAUCACCUUCAAAUGUGUUUUUCCAGGAGACUGCAUACCUCCAGAACCAGCACCAGGUCCAGAAGCGAUUACUCCAACUUUGUUUGACAUGCUGACACCAACACCAGGUUUGGAUUGUGAGCCUCAACAAUUUGAUCCUGUUUAUAACUGUAGUCAAUACAUAUGCCUUAACAUGGAAUGGAAGUUAUACAAUUGGUCUCUGAAUUGCCCUAAGGACUUGGAGAUGCCUGACUGUGGUUUCCGGGGAAGGCCUGUUCAAGUGAACAGUGACAUUUGCUGCCCUGAAUGGGAGUGUCCUUGUCGGUGCUCCAUGUUGUCAGAAUUAAGCAUUAUUACAUUUGAUGGAAACAAUGCAGCAUUAUAUAGCAUGGCUUCCUACAUAUUAGUAAGAAUUCCUGGGGAAGUGAUAGUUGCUCAUAUUGAAAAAUGUUCCAUAAAUCAGAAUGGAAACUCAGCGAAAAAGCUCACUCCUUCUGGAAGAAUUUCUGGACUUUGUUUUAAGAAAUUAAAUUUGACAACAUCUAUACAUAAAAUACUUGUCUAUCGAAUGGCAAGGAAGGUAGAAGUGGAUUCGAUUAUAGUGCCAUUACCCUUUCUAAGUCAAGAACUCUCCAUAGAGGAUUCUGGUACCAUGUAUGUCAUUACUACCCCUGCUGGACUCAUUAUAAAGUGGGCUCACCUGACUGGAAUUGUUGACAUUCAUUUUGGAUUUCAGUUUAACUUGUCAUCUUCCACGGAAGGCUUGUGUGGAAUUUGCAAUGAUGAUCCAGAUGAUGAUCUAAGGAUGCAAAAUGGCACAAUUAUCACAAAUAUGGAAGACAUGGAAUUAUUUAUUGAGAGCUGGGAAAUUGAGAAAAUAUUUGAAGUGACAACAAGGAGACCUGUCAGGAAUUGCACAGAACAUGAUUGCAGUCAUUGCUUUGAGUUAUUACAUAAAAGAGUUUUUGCUCCUUGCCAUGAUAAAGUUUCCCCACAGGAUUUUUGUGAAAAGAUGUGGAUCAAUUAUACCUCCUUUUGGAACUAUGAAUGUGAUGCACUUUCUGCCUACGUGGCUCUGUGUAACAAGUUUGACAUCUGUAUUCAGUGGAGAACACCUGAUUAUUGCUCUCUUAGUUGCCCAGAGGGGAAAGAAUAUCAACCCUGUGUGAGACCUUGUGAAGCAAGAACAUGUCUGAACAAAUGGUUCUAUGGACAUUCUUCAUGCUUAGAUCUGAGAGAAGACUGUGUGUGCAAAAAUGGAACCAUUCUCCAUAGGCCAGAUUCAACACAGUGUAUUCUUGAGAAGGAAUGUGCCUGCACAGACAGUGAAGAGCAGCCACGAAUUGCUGGGGAGGUUUGGAAUGGGGGCACUGAUGAAUGUGCACUGUACCAGUGUUGGGAAAAUGGAAGCAUAAUUCCCAUCGACAUAGACUGUGAUGAUGAACCUUCUCCAAUCUGUGAACGAGAAGCUGAAGUGGUCCUGGGCAUCACUGAUAAGUGGACCUGCUGUCCAAAAGAAGUUUGUGGAUGUGACAUGACCUUGUGUGAAACAACCAUUCCUACAUGUACAGAAAGUGAAAAACUGAUUGUUGGCCAAAGUCCUCUAUCUUGCUGUCCACAGUACCGAUGUGAAUGUGAUAUAUACAAGUGCCCCAAUAUUUCAGUACCAGAAUGUAGAAAAGAUCAAUUUAUGAUUCAAGUUCAACGGGGAGCACCUUGCUGUUAUUAUCCUUUUUGUGUGUGUGAACUUUGCACUGACCCUAUUCCACUAUGUACAGAUGGAGAAUUUCUUACUGUGGAUCUUAAUACCACACAGUUCUGCUGUCCUCAGUAUUAUUGUAUUUGUGAACCCAAUCUCUGUCCGAAGCCACAAUUCAGCUGUGCUAAAGACAUGAAACUUGUUAAAGAAAAUGUAACUGGUCAAUGUUGUCCAACAUGGCACUGCGAAUGUAGCUGUGAAAACCUCAUUAUGCCAGUUUGUGAAGUGGGUGAAUUUACUGCAAUAGAUCAUGACUUUCAAACUGACUGUGGAUGUGUACAGUAUCUUUGUGAAAAGGAUGAUGUGUGUGUAUUUCAAGAAGUAUCAGUACUGAAUCUUGGGAAAUCUAUGACAAAAUAUUUGGAAGGAAAUUUUUGUCAUAUAGUAGAGUGUCUGGAGGAAAAAGAAAACAACACAGGAUUUCAUGCUCUGAAUUUUACAAUGGUAAACUGUUCAAAAGAUUGUGACAUUCAUCAGGUUUAUAUUCCGUUCCCUAGUGAUUAUGAUUGUUGUGGAACCUGCAAAAAUGUAUCCUGCAAAUUUCAAAUGGAAAAUGGAACAACAAUUAUUCAUGAGGAAGGAAGUACUUGGCACUAUAAUUGCACCACAUAUGAAUGUGUUAAGACUGAUGAGGGAACAAUGAUUCUAAACUACAGUAUGGUCUGCCCCCCUUUUAAUGAGACUGAAUGCAAAAUGAAUGAAGGUAUUGUAAAGUUUUACAAUGAAGGUUGCUGCAAGAUCUGUAAACGAGAAGAAAGAAUAUGUCAGAAAGUGAUCAUUAAAUCAAUCAUAAGGAAACAGGACUGUAUAAGUCAAACUUCUGUCAAUGUUGCAUCUUGUGAUGGAAAGUGCCCAUCAGCUACCAUAUAUAACAUUAACAUUGAGAGCCACUUAAGAUUCUGCAAGUGCUGCCGAGAAAAUGGAGUGCGGAAUUUGACAGUGCCCCUGUAUUGUUCAGGAAAUGGCACUGAAAUAUUGCACACUCUCCAGGAGCCUAUAGACUGUACGUGCCAGUGGAAUUAG